CCUAACAAUAGAUGGGGCAGCCAUAGGGCGCUGCAGUCACAUGAGAUUGAAGGGCUGGACUGUGCUCAAUCUGUGUGUUGAGCUCUAGGAGCUAAACUCUGCUGCUUGUCUCCUGCCAGGGUCUCAGGUAACUUAGAUCUGUUUGGAUCCAUUUUGGAGAGUUGGUCCAGAACAACAUGUCUGACACAGAAGAAGUCGUGGAUGAAGACGUCCAGGAUGGAGAAGAUGAAUCUAAGCCAAAGCCAAAGUUCAUGACAAACAUCACAGCCCCAAAGAUGCCUGAUGGAGAUAAAGUGGAUUUUGACGACAUGUACAGGAAGCGUCAGGAGAAGGAUCUGGCUGAGCUGCAGUCUCUUAUUGAGGCUCACUUUGUUCAGCGCCAUAAGGAUGAAGAGGAACUGGUCGCUCUGGUUAACAGAAUAGACAAGCGUCGUGCUGAGAGAGCAGAACAGCAAAGAGUCAGAGCUGAGAGGGAAAAGGAGAGGCAGGCCAGACUCGCAGAUGAGAGGGAGCGCAGAGAACAAGAGGAGCAGCGUAAGAAGCAAGACGACGAUGCCAAGAAGAAGAAGGUCCUCACUAACAUGACUCAGCAGUACACAGUUGGACAGAAGAAUGAAAACAGGAAAGGAGCCAAAAAACAGACCGAGAGGGAGAAGAAGAAGAAGGCCCUGGCUGAACGCAGGAAGCCUCUCAACAUUGACCAUCUCAAUGAGGAUAAACUCAAGGAGAAGGUUGGUGAGCUUUGGCAGUGGCUGAUGGGUCUGGAGGCCGAGAAGUUUGAUCUCAGUGAGAAACUUAAAAGACAAAAAUAUGACAUUAAUCAGCUUCUGUGUAGAGUUCAGGAUCAUCAAAGUGCCAAGGGUCGGGGUAAAGGAAAGAUGGGCGGCCGGGUGAGGUGAAGCCGUUUGGGACAGAAGCAACAAAGAACAGAGAAUUGCCUGUGUGACUGCAGAGAAGCAUGUAAAAAGUUAAUCUGAGCAGCAACAAAUGUGUACAUGUGUCGUGAAAAAACAAAAGACAGAAUACUGUGAAGAAAUGUCAGCAUGUCUCUGAUGAACAUGUAAUAAAAGGAUGAGCUAUG